UCGCCUUUCUUUUACUCGCAUCGUUCUCCAUCGUUACUCUUUUCUCGAAGCUUCUUUCACAGAGCCGCGCACUACAGACGCUGCCACUCCCCUUCGUUCUUCCUUCUGCCCAAUCAAUCCUUCAUCCUCUGAUCACGAUAUGGAUAACUUUCAGAUGGAUUUGAGAGAUAAUAGUGAACGAUGUGUUCUGACAGUGGACGCAGAUGCGGUAGAGGAAGGGAUAGAGGGAGGAUCAUUCGAGAGUCCGGCGGGAACAGAAUUAAUUGAAGGUGAUGGAGAUAUCAUUCUUGAGCCUUAUGAGGGCAUGGAAUUCGAGUCUGAAGAUGCUGCCAAGAUUUUCUAUGAUAAGUAUGCCCGUCAAGUGGGAUUUGUUAUGCGUGUUAUGUCUUGUCGUCGUUCUGAAAAAGAUGGGAGGAUACUUGCCCGAAGACUUGGAUGCAACAAAGAAGGUUAUUGUGUCAGCAUCCGUGGUAAAUUUGGGGCAGUUCGGAAGCCACGGCCAAGCACACGAGAAGGCUGUAAGGCAAUGAUUCAUGUCAAAUAUGAUAAGUCUGGGAAAUGGGUGAUAACUAAAUUUGUAAAGGAACAUAAUCAUCCUCUUGUGGUUUCUCCUCGUGAAGCUCGGCAGACCAUGGAUGAAAAGGAUAAACAAAUACAGGAACUCACUAUAGAGCUGCGGAAUAAGAAACGGUUAUGCUCCACAUACCAAGAACAGCUUGCUGCAUUUAUGAAAAUUGUUGAAGAGCAUACCGACCAAUUAUCCAGAAAAGUUCAAAAUGUAGUUACCAACCUUAAAGAGUUUGAGUCCAUUGAGCAAGAACUAUUGCAUCCUAGAUAGCCUUGCCACUGAAUUCUUAUGCAGUGCGGUCGGUGGCCAUCGUUCGAGGUUGGUAGUGCACGAAGAAGUACGACAACUCAAAAAGGCAUUCUUUGCAAUAUAACCCGCCCCACUCUAAACUUGAAGCCAGCUACAGAAAUGAGCAGCAUUGCAAUAUUUCCUCUGCUGUGUAUCAUAGCAGCAUUGGCAUGAAGUAGAAGCACUUGCAGAUAUCUGAGCGGAGAGACUAUUUUUGAAUGAAGAGUUAGACUUUAUUCACCUCUAUAAAUGGAUUUUAUUGAUCAACCAACGCAGUUUUUCAGAAAAUUUGCUGAAAUUUCCAUUGCUUGUGUAUACUUUUGCAUCUGAUACUACCACUGAACCAUCCAAAUCCCAUCCUGGAUGCCCACCAUUUGCUUUGGUGAGAAAAAGCAAGAAUAAAAUUGUUCCAUUUUGCUUAGUUUAUUAGGAUUUCUCUCGUGGUGCCAAAUGGUACUUCCGAUUUAAUAUUCUACGAGCUUCUUUAGCAACUUAUCAUGGUAGGAUUGGACGAUUAUGUUACGAGAAUAGUUGAGUUACAUGCAAGCUUGUGUCUAUUGUUUGUGACUUUCAUGCAUAGAGCACUUUUAUGGU